AUGGCACACUUUCUUCGGUCUGCGUUGAUUGUUGUUGCCCUUGGCGCAGUCGUUGAUGGUGCCAGGGCGAGAUACAAUGUGAGCCUGUCGGCAGAAAACAAUGCUUCGAAUUGGGGUGCUACUCGCUCUGCUUGCGAGUACUACUACAAGAUAGCAGACGGUGACUGUGCGGACUACUGUUUAGGAUCUUACUUCAAUUUCUGCCCGCGUUCUCUCAUCACGAGCGCGGGUGGCCUGACCGUUGGCGCAUGCAUCAGUCUCAAUUACACAACCUUCAUCGAGGACUACUCCGUGACAGCUGGGCCCUGCGGGACCAUAGUCUUCAAGAAGUACACGAAUGGGACUGGAGUGCAGGCUCUUCUGGACCUCAGUUCCGGUGCCGUGGAUGGCACGCGGGCGAGGUACACUGUGAACGUGUCGGUGGAGGACAAUGCUUCAAUUCGGGGUGCGUCUCGCUCUGCUUGCGAGUACUACUACAAGAUAGCAGACGGUGACUGUGCGGACUACUGUUUAGGAUCUUACUUCAAUUUCUGCCCGCGUUCUCUCAUCACGAGCGCGGGUGGCCUGACCGUUGGCGCAUGCAUCAGUCUCAAUUACACAACCUUCAUCGAGGACUACUCCGUGACAGCUGGGCCCUGCGGGACCAUAGUCUUCAAGAAGUACACGAAUGGGACUGGAGUGCAGGCUCUUCUGGACCUCAGUUCCGGUGCCGUGGAUGGCACGCGGGCGAGGUACACUGUGAACGUGUCGGUGGAGGACAAUGCUUCAAUUCGGGGUGCGUCUCGCUCUGCUUGCGAGUACUACUACAAGAUAGCAGACGGCGACUGUGCGGACUACUGCUUAGGAUCUUAUCUCAAUUCCGACGUGUAG